CUGUGAUAGAAGCCACAAUGGAAGACAAGGUGACGAUGCUCUACGGCCGCGACGACCCGUCUGUCCAGUGCAUCGCUGACGGGAACCCCAAGCCUCACAUCCGCUGGCGGCGGAAGGAUACAAGUCUGUACUGGGACAACCCGCUCCGCUUCCACCGGGUGCGUUACGACGUGCAGGGCACGUAUCAAUGCGUGGCUGCCAGCGACGGCUUCCAGGAAGUCACAAAGGACGUUUUCAUCGACGUCGUAGGUAAGCCAUCCAUACAGAGUGACGCGUCGGCGGUCGAAGCGGCGGAGGGAAGUACCGCGAGACUUCACUGCGAGAUUCUCGGGGACCCGUUACCUGGCAGGGUGACCUGGUCAUGGAGGAACAAGCAAGGAGUAGAGAACAUUGUCAUGGCAACCGACGUGGGGCUGUCAAUCAUCGAGAAGCCGGUGGAUGACGGGACAUCCAGUACCCUCCUCCUGAAGGAUGUCGGGAUAGCUCAGGAGGGGACGUACAUCUGCCAGGCCUCCAACAUGUUCGGGGAGGCGCGCAGGGAGAUCCGGCUGGAGGUGUUAGGCUCUGAUCAGUCCGUGGUAGCGCUGUCCGUGUCCGUGCUGAUGGCGGUGUUCGUGCUCGUGGCCGCACUCUGCGUCUGCUGGGCUGUCCGGACCCGGCGGAUCUGCAGAAAGAAGAGAAAAGAAACACCGGCUCUGUCACCCACACGCUCGAUGCCUCCCAUCCCCAAGUCCGUGAAGAGACUGGGCCAUGGCACGAACGACUCCGGUGUGGAGGACCUGGAACUGCAGGAGUUGGACGGGACGCUGAAACCACGUCCGCCGCCUCGGGGGGACAAACAGUGGGCAUCAGUGGGGCUGUCCUACUCUGGAUUGGCACACGCCACGACCUUACCUCCCUACACAACUGUGGAGCGGCAUCGUCCGGACGGGGAGGACAUAAGAUCACGUGGGGGCAUUCCGGAGGAAUCCGUUUUGUCAAGUGACGAGUACAUAUCGAUCGAGGCUCCUACGCCUCCUCCCAAGAUCCAGAGAGGACGAUGGAAGACAAGAGGGACCCCUGGCGGAGCAUCCGUGCGCAACAGUCUGCACGAAGCAGAAAACGCGCUGAAUGAAAUCCAACAGGCUGACAGUAUCUGAGCACUUUGACUGCUGGUGUCAAUGUUACUGAGAUCGGCUCUGAAGAAGCCUGUUUUUUUAAUCUUCCCACAGGUUUCUAAGGUUUCCAUCUUACCACUUGGUAUGUGAAAGAAGACCAGUGAAAACAAAAUUAAGACAAAGCCAAGACAAGGUUGUUGACAUUGAGUCAGUUAGCUCCUAUUGUUUGAGCAGGGUAGGUUCCCAAGUGCACGGAAAGUUUGACACGGAAACCUCCGUUCUUGUUGAGGGCAGGAUUGUACAUACUCUCAUCUAUUGCCUCUCUAACUCCAAGUUUGGGCUACUUGAAAUGUAUGAAGGGUUACUAAUUUGAAGAACUUGCUCUUAUUUAAGUUUCACAAAGUAUCUUCAUUUUGAAGUUUCAUGAAACAGCAAUGCUCUCUGCCUGUGAUACUGGUUGAUGUAA